AGUACUAAGUUAACGUGUACAAUAAAAAUAAAUAUCUCUUUGAUAACCCUUUGUUCGCUCCUAUAUAGAAUCCCAGUGACUUAAUAUAAAAUUGCAAAAUAGCUUCUAGCAACGUCAGUUGGAAAUCAUUCGUUAGCGACAACACUAGUUCAUAUUUAAGUGUUCUAUUCUAUUCAAUACAAUUAUUUAUUUAUUUUCACUUAAUUAAAUUGAAUUGUUUAUAAAAAUGAAGUUAUUAAUUUUAUCGUUUACGCUUUGUGCCCUAUGGAUAUCGACUUAUGGUGCCUCGGUUAUGGCGCCAAACACGGGUUUUCAGCCGACAAUGAUCUUUCAAAAUGAGUGUAUUGCUAAGGUUCAAAACAAUACAGAAAUCGUGGAGAAUUCUGUGCAACUAAAGUAUUCUUUUUUGACAAUAUUCAUAAAAGCCACUCAAAAAAUAAGGGAACAGGGUUCGUUGAAAAACUUGGAUUCAAUUCUUGAACAAACCUGUUUACCAGCCACAGAUGAAAAUCUUCUGUAUGACGUGUUAAUGAGUAUCAUCAAGUCUUGCGUUGAACAAGAGUUUUCCUUUACACCUGAGGAGACAGUGAUGAUCAAGGAGAAGUUGGAAAAAAUAUUCUGCAACUUGUAUCUGAAACUUGCUCUGCUUCUUUCAUUCUCCCCGGAGUGUGUCACUGAGCCAGGAAUAGUGAAUGAGCUUCAAAAAUGCUCCCAAGGACAAACAAUAAAUUUAAGCACUCCAGUUCGUGACUGGUUCUUCGGCAAUUCUGAAAUUUGCACGACACAAUUAAAGGCAAUCGAGUGUUUAAAUGACGUCUUUAAAGAUAAUUGUAGUGCCGAUAUUUCAAAACAAAUUCAUUCAAUAAUGACUGAGGCUCGAAACAUCAUUGGAUGCAAUCCCGAACCAAAUUCAAUCUCCGUCAUCGACGCAUCGUAAAAGUGCAAUUUUUAACUUAAUUUAGUUGGCUUUUCCUUCAGUGCAAUUGCAGAAGUCAAAUUUUUAUUUUCAUUUGAAAGCCAGUUAUUCGAUACUUGUAUAAAAGUGAUAAAAAGUAUAAAUAAUUUCUCAGUUAGUGUUACAACGUACACUUAUCUCAAAGAAGAGCGUGAACUCUUUAUUUUGUGAAACUCAUUCGAUUAGUAUCCUUUUCAAGCAUUUAUGUAAUGAAUGUACAUACGUUUAUAAGGUUUACUUAUUGCAAAAUAAAUCAAAUUUUUUAUAAUUUAAA